CCCCUCUUUCUCCUCCCUCAGUGCUAGCCCGGCUGCUGCACUGAGGUUGGCGCUCUCGCCUUGCCUCCUUCUCCUCCCCCACCCGUGGACCCUCUCCCCUCCCUUCCCUCGCCCCCUCCUCUCUCUGCCUCCUCCCCUAUCUCCUCCCUUCUUCUUGCCCGAGUGGCCAGCGGGGCAGGAGAGAGGUGGCUGCUAAGAGGCGUAACGGAAAGCCCCGGCGUGGGGAAGGCUGCCGGUCGCAGUCGGAGGGAGACGCCGAGCCCGGCGUCCGGGGUGUUGGAGACCCAGGCCCAGCGAGCACUGUAGGAGAGGAGGACCUGCAGCCCUGGCCAGAAGCGAGACUUCUCAGCCUUAAAGAAAGAAAGAAAGAAAGAAAGAAAAAAGAGUCAGAGGUGGCAUUUUUCUGAAGGUGUUCAUUGAGACUUCCCAGCAUUCCUGUGGGAUAUAAAUAGGUGAGCGCUGUGGGGCGGCCGCGAUCGCAGGAGCCCCGGGCGAGCUGGAGGAAGCGCCAUGUGUCAGUAUGAAUGCUGACCGAGGGGCUCGCUGCCUGGGACCGCGCUGCCAGAGGAAGAAAAAACAAGAAGCCCUCGGGCCGAGUGAGUGAAUGACCGGCGGCGGGCCAACUUCCUCCUCUGAGGACUUAGUCUCCCGGUGCUCUUUUCUUGUUCUCCGCUUUCCUCUUUGAUUAACCCCGUGGAGUCCUGACUCUUCAUCCGCCUUGAACAUCAAUAUGUGUCAUGUCAUUGUCACCUGUCGCUCGAUGCUCUGGACCCUCCUGAGUAUUGUGGUGGCUUUUGCAGAGCUCAUUGCCUUCAUGAGCGCAGACUGGCUCAUUGGAAAAGCCAAGACUCACAGCCAUGCGAAGGCGGACAACCAGACCAGAGGCGUCUCGGAGCCCCAUCAUCCCACCUUGGGCAUCUACGCCCGCUGCAUCCGCAACCCCGGGACGCAGCCGGUCCAGCGGGAGACGGUGUGCGGGCCCUAUGCCGAGAACUUUGCCGAGAUUGCCAGUGGCUUCUGGCAGGCCACUGCUAUUUUCUUAGCUGUGGGGAUCUUCAUUCUCUGCACGGUGGCCUUGGUGUCCGUCUUCACCAUGUGCGUGCAGAGUAUCAUGAAGAAAAGUAUCUUCAAUGUCUGCGGGCUAUUGCAAGGGAUUGCAGGUCUCUUCCUCAUCCUGGGUUUGAUACUCUACCCAGCUGGCUGGGGGUGCCAGAAGGCCGUAAGCUACUGUGGACAUUAUGCAUCUGCCUACAGACCUGGAGACUGCUCCUUGGGCUGGGCCUUUUAUACUGCCAUCGGCGGCACAGUCCUGACCUUCAUCUGUGCUGUCUUCUCUGCACAAGCAGAAAUUGCAACCUCUAGUGACAAAGUACAGGAAGAAAUUGAAGAGGGGAAAAACCUUAUCUGCCUCCUUUAGUUUGGAAGAGACAUUAGUGCCAUCUUCUUCCUUAUGUAACCUUGUGAAACCAUCCAUCUCCUGUUUCGUGGUUUGAGUCAAGUGGAGAACUAGCCUCUAUCUACCAAAGCCGCAUUCCACAGCCCCAGGCCUUAACAGGACCAAUGAGAGGCCACAUCCAGCUAAGCAAAGUUACUGGGCAUGAGGGCCACAGUGCAAAUUUUAAGGGGUAGAACCUGAAGAUAGUAUAUACACUCUGACAUGUAGUUGACAAAUUCUGUCAGACUCCAUCUCCCCCUGGGGCUCACUGAAGGAUAAUGAUCUCAAUCGUUAAGGCAGCAGUUUCUCUGGAAAUAGAAGAGCCAGCUAGCCAGAUUUGCAAGCUGUUUUGAGACAGUUUCUGCCACAUGUUUGCAUGCCUGUGAGCAUCUGUGCCUCAAGAUAAGGUUUUAGGUUGGUGUUUUAGUUUUCCUCCUAGUCCUUAUAACUUGUCUAGGUUGGAGACUAAAAUGAAGACUACAGACUUGACUGGGGACAGGAUAUGUGCUAAAGGGCAUAGCAAGACCCUCUUGCUUAGCUGACCAAAGGGUCAGCAAGGACAAUGUGGGGACCCUGUUGUGGAACUCCUCCUAAGCUGAAUUCCAGGAAUGCUCAACUGAACUGUCACUCCAAGAUUUUAGAAAUUUGAGUAAAGAAAAAAUUACCUGAACAAUCAUAUGGAGGAUAAAAGUAAAAAAAUCCUGCUAGUGAAGACAAAUUCAUCCCUUUUCCAUUGUAAAUCACGUGUUUUUCUCCCAGGGUUAGGACUGCACUCUGACUGCCAAAGGCAACCUCAUGCUGUUUCCUCAUUCCAGGGAGAGGUCUCCAAGCCAGCUGUGGCUCAUUGAGAUACUGGCUGGGAGGACUUGCCAGGAUCUCAGCACUUGAGGGGAGCCCUUUCCCACUGUUUGGUAACUAGGCUGUAUUUACAACCCAGUCAGCAGCAGAAUGGUAUUUCCUACAGAAAAACAGAAGCUAGUCAUGGGCGUUGAGUUUUUUUCUAGUUACUGGUGUGGAUCCUGAAAGUCGACUGAAGUAACAUUAAAUUGCUGCAAUUGGAGAGUUGCAUCAAAGGCUUCAUUCCCAGGAAAGCACAGAGUAGAAAGUUAAUGCAAAAACUGGAGCUAGACCAAGCUUAUAGGAUCUGCCUACAUCUGUUUACAAAAAAGAAUUGAACACCACUAUUUUAAAAGAUUCAGGAGUUUUUAGUCUCGUUUCCAUAAAUUCAGGGAAGAAGAUGGUAUUAGCCAACCAUCGCUUAAAAUUUACUUCCGAGUGAACAAAGUAGUCAGAAAGAAACCAGUCUGGCCUUACCUUUACCUUCAGAAUUGCAGAAUAAUAGAGAAAACACAACUCAAGCAAGUGGGGUGGACCAGCCAGAUUUCUGGAAGCAUUAAAAGUAUAGGUCUCUUUGGGUUUAUGAAUCUGCUCACUUGAAGGCUUUGUUUGGAAAAUUUAACAAAUAAUUCCUAAGCACCUUUUAUGCACAAGGAAUUAUGCCACCAGGUACAGAACCUAGAAUCAUUUUACAACUUUGCCCAGAGUGAAUCAUCUUAAAGCUGUGAGUCUAAAGCCAUGCCUCCGUGCAGAACAAAUUGCUAUAUAAAUAGAUGGAAUGGAGCAACUAAUGUUUUAUUUCCUUCUGGCCUUUGGCAUAUUCCAGAAACCAUUUUAUCACACCAAUUUAAGAGCUAAGAGCAGGGCGGGCGCAGGUCUUAAUGAGUUUACCAUUCUUGGACCAAAGUUCAAAGUAAGCAAGCCAUAAAUUCAAUGACUUUUUUUUUUUUUUUUUAAAGAAAAGGGGUAAGUGGGUAUCUUCAUAGCAAUCUACAUUAGUAAGAGCUCAGGACACACUAACCAUGUCUCUAACAGCAAAUGGAAAUAGACUAUGGAAGCCACUGGACAAAGCUCCAGUCCCUGACUGUACAUUUAUAAUGUACUAACCAAGUCCCUAGGAGUCCCCAGGAGGGGCAAAUGGCUAAGUGCUCAACUCUUAGCCAAAAGGUUGGCAGUUCGAACCCACCCACCCAGAGGCGCUUGGGAAGACAGGCCUGGUGAUAGGCUUCCAGAAAGUUACAGCCUUGAAAAUCCUAUGGAGCAGUUCUACUCUGCCCACGUGGGGCUGCCAAGUGUCGGAAUUCAACUUGACAGAAACUAACAACAACCAAGUCCUUGUGCCACCAUAGUAACUACUUAUCAAACCUUUUUUCAUUUAAAACCAACCAAUUCCCUUUAUCAAGCAAAUAAUCUUGAUAAAAACAGCUUUUCUCUUCCUUAAAUUUAUCAUCAGAAGAUUCACUCAACUUUUUUUUUCUUUACAAGAUAAAGAAUUCACUUUUCUAACACUAAUCUUACAAUCUCACUCUCUUCCUUAUACUAAUCACACAAUCUCCUUCUUACAGACAAGUCGUAUGCCCAGAGAAUCCCCCAAGCACGUCUGUCUUUACUGGCUGACUGGCCAGAGAGCAAUCUGAUAACAGUCACAAGUGGAAAUGUGACCUCUGUUGGCCAGAAUAAAGCCACUUGACAAUGUUUAUCUCAUUAGUUUGAAUGCUACAGAAUACCAAAAAAAGCACACACACAAAACCCAAAACCACCUAAACACUUAGUAAGCAGAGAUGAAAUUUCUCUAGCAGAGACAGUAAAUGGUAAUGCUAGACCUUUUUUUUUUUUUUUAUCCAUUAGCCAUGCUUUGGUUGGGAUGAGUGGAACAUCGAAAAUCAUGCUAGGCUAGACUAAAAAACUCUUCUGCACAGCUGUUUUAACAACCACUGAAUGUGCUAGAAAAAAAUGUUAAAAACAAUUACUGUUUGAUCUACACCUAGUUUCCUAAUAAAUUUCUAUCAAUCACCUAAUCACCUCAUUCUAAAAACCUAAUGUAGCUGGACCACUACUACUGCUACUACUAAGAAAGUCUUUAUUUAUUUUUGCCUGCAUUUGUGCUUAAAAAAAGUGUCAUGAUGGGCUGGUCUUCUCAAUGAACUCCAGGGAAGCAGAAAUAUUUGCCUUGGAGUCUGUGGAUUCUUUAAACCUGUGUGCUAACUCAACAAUGUUACAUUAAUUAAGGGUUUUUGUAGUUUCCAAACACCUGUGGUGUGAUGAUCUUUUGUUAAACGUGUAUUCUGUAAAGUGCCAUAGUCUUUUUUUGUGUAGCAUAUUUAAAAAUAUAUAGAGAUGUAUAUUAUACAUACACAAGUCUGUGUGAAAGAUGUGCAAUAACAAAGGUGUAUGUUUUGUUUUUGUGGAAACUGGACAGGAGUCAGAACAGGGAUGUUUCUGUUUUGGCAAAGGGGAGUUACACAUUUUUGCCUUCAUGGCUUAAUCAUUAGUCCAUAACAAUUUUAAUGCUACACAAGUCUUAUGUGAAGAAAAGACUAGUAUGAAAUCAUUUUUUCCUGGGUCUAAUUUAAAAUAAUCACUAGAUUUAUAUAAAAGUCAAGCCAGCAAGCCAGGCCCAGUUAAUACUAGUCUUUCAUGUGAAAUGUGAAGCUGCCACAUUGCCUUUUCUGUUAGUGUGAUAACUAGUAGCUGGUACAUAAUCACUAAGGAGCUAUUUCUUAACAUGCUUUUAUAGACCAUGUUAAUGCUAGACCACUAUUUAAGGCUAUUCUCACACCUUCAUAGCCUUAAGAGUCUGGCUUAGAACAGACCUCUCUGUGCAAUAACAUGUGGCCAUUGGAAAUUCCUGGUCUACAUUUGUAUUUGGGUAGCAGUGACUCCAAAGGGCCAAAAGAAUUAAAGGCACAACUGGGAUUUCUCCUGAGACUGUAGUGAAACUCCAUCCAAAGCUGGGGGGUGGUGGGGUGUCAUUAGGUGCUUUGGAGGAACUCAGCACCACUUGAUAUUCAACAGCCACUUGAGCCAAAUAUAAAACUUUUUACAGCGGAUGGACUCAAUUUGAGCUUUCAAAUUUGUGGUUAUCUUAUUAUAUUGUAAACUAAUACAUUGUUUGUCUAGCAUUGAUUAAGUUCCUCUGCAUAUGUAUUUUCACAUCUUGCUCUCUUCCCCUCCCCAGAUCUGAAUUAAACCAGAUUUUGCAAACUCA